AUGAACUGUUCGCACUCAAAAUUCUACCAGUGUUUGAAACAUUUCCUUAAUGAUUCUCACAGUUUGCCAUUUCGACAAGAUCUCCUUCUGGAAAUUUCAACUUCUGGUGUCAAAAUUUCAGCGUCUCGAAUUCAUCUAAGGAUGUCACUCGACAACAGAUUUCAAGAGGACAGAGAAUCCCUCAAGAAACUGAGAGGCGACUUACUUGAAAAGUCUCCCUUAAAAGCCAUCCCUGUCUCUAAGGAGUUUUUCGACCUUGAUGAUCUCUCUAAGUUCGAAAAAGAAUCAGUUGUAAUUUUGUUCGUUGCUGGUACAGUGGCAGUGUUUACAAUUUCUUUUCUUGCUACCGUUCGUUGCGGUAUCAGUACCUUUUUGGCUCUGACAUUCGACCUCUUUGUAAUGGAAGCAGCUGCUAUUUUGAGAGCAAUGGGAAGUUACGUGAAUCAAAUUGCCUUUCUUUCUCUUUUUGCGCCGAUCAUCAUAUCCUUAAACUUUAGUUUUGAAGUUGGCCAUUCGUUCUUGUUUUCAGGUAAGCAAGAAAUACGGGAGCGCAUGAUUGACGCCCUGCGUUCUGUUGGGUUGCCAGUGCUGAUUGGCACGCUAAUAUCCGUGGCUGCCUCUGUCUCAUUAGGGUUUAUUCUUCCCAGCUUGGCAGAAAUUUUCCAUCUAACCCUCCCUGUGAUCUUAAUUUUGGGCUUGAUCCACGCUCUUAUAAUACUCCCAGCAGUCAUCAUAAUGUAUGAGGAAUUUGUGCACAGAUCUCAUUGCAGUAAUGAUGAAGAAGAUGAACCAAAUAGCAAGGAAGUUCAAGACUUGCCCCUAAAGGAAACACAAGGUGGCAACAUAGGGAAGUUCUUGUCUAGACGUCCUGGAAUUUCUAUUGUCGGCAUCAGUUGUAAAUUCCCCGGUGCUGGCAGUGUAGACCAAUUUUGGAUUCUUCUAAAGCAAGGAAAAAGUUCAAUCAGUGCAGUUCCCAAGAAUAGAACAGAGCAGUAUAGAAGAUUCGUCGAGCAUUACAAUCCCAACCGUUUUGUUAAAAAACGCCUAUGCACUAUCAACGGUUCUUUCUUGGAAGAAAUUCGAACUUUUGACAACAGAUUCUUUGGUAUCUCCAGCCAAGAGGCUCGUGGAAUGGAUCCUCAACAAAGAAUUAUCCUACAAGUGGUGUAUGAGGCAAUCGAAGAUGCAGGAAUGCGACUUGAAGACCUACAGAGGUGUAGAACAGGUGUUUUUGUUGGUGCUAUGAAUCUUGACUACGGUAGUCUUUUAAGAGAACAAUCAAAUAGUGGCAAUAUUGAUCAGUUUUCCGCGACAGGAACAACGGCCAGUAUUCUGGCUAACAGAGUGUCAUUUUGCCUUAACCUAACGGGUCCAAGUCUUGUUGUGGACACAGCGUGCUCUUCAUCGCUUACUGCUCUAAAGAUAGCCUGUGAUAACCUGCACAAUGAUGAUUGCGACGUAGCCAUUGUUUGUGCACCUAAUCUCAUUCUCUGUCAUCAUAUGCAGAUGAUAGCAAGUAUGGCUGGGCUAAUCGCGCCCGAUGGGCGUAGUAAAAGCUUUGAUGCUACUGGGGACGGUUAUGGACGAGGAGAAGGCUUUGCAGCGGUAGUUUUAAAAAUGACAAGAGAUGCUUUGUGUGACAAAGACGAUCCGUAUUGCGAAGUUAUUGCAUGUGGAAUGAACAGUGAUGGACAAAAUGCUGUGCCGAUCUCUGCUCCAAGUUCCCAGAUGCAAGUUCAACUAUCAAGGUGGGUGCUGGAACAAUCAGGAGUGACUGCAGAAGACGUGGAUUACCUUGAGGCACAUGGGACUGGUACUGCAGUCGGUGACUUAGCGGAGGUCACCUCGAUAGCGGAGACCUACACUAGUAGAGCCACACAAUACUCACAGAAGUUAAGAAUCGGUUCAGUAAAAUCCAAUAUAAACCACACAGAAAGCACCUCUGGACUUGCUGGGCUAGUCAAGGCUGCUCUUAUGAUAAAAAAGAAGACAUUUGUACCAACUGUCAACGUUCAAGUUUUGAAUCCCAAACUAAAGCUAGAAGAGAAGGGGCUAGUUGUGCAACAAACUCUUGAGCCUUGGAGCAAAGAAAAUGGAAAGUCGCGAGUAGCAGCUGUAAACUCAUUUGGAUUUGGUGGGUCAAAUGUUCAUGUUAUACUCCGCGAGGUUACAUCAACGCCAAACCUAAAAGUUAAAAACUUGACACGCCGUAAUAGAAUUCUCACGAUCACAGCGCGCUCUAAAGAUGCUCUCAAGGAGAUGUCACACCUUUACUCCGAGUGGAUUAAGGCCAAUGCUGGAGAAAUGGAUGAGCACUUCGUUGAAAACUUAUGCUACUCUUUAAAUGAACGCCGAACUCAGUACCCGCAUCGCUUGGCAAUUGCCUUUGGAUCCAUUUCCGAAGCAGCAAAAUCACUGGAGGCCUUCGCCAGUGACUCUGCUGGUUGGGAUAAGUUUGCUUCCUAUGCCCAAGUGACCUCAAGAGACAGAAAACUUGUUUUCAUGUUUGGAGGCCAGGGAUCGCAAUGGUAUGCCAUGGGGAGACAGUUAAUGGAAUGUGAAACUAUUUUCAGAGAGGCUGUCUUGACAGUUAACAACUUUCUGAGAGACUUGGGAGUGACAUGGUCACUAAAAGAUGAGUUGAUGGCCCCUGAAGCCGUUUCUAGAAUAGCGGAAAACUGUAUCGCUCAGCUGGCCACUUUUGCUAUCCAGUACGCAACUGCGCAGCUGCUGAAAUCCUGGAAAAUCCAUCCUUCAGCUGUUAUUGGUCACAGUUUGGGAGAAUUUGCAGCUGCUUGCGUUGCUGGAAUCAUAACUGUCAAGGAAGCUGUUAAGCUAGUACUGGCUCGCUCAACUCUUCAAGAUAAAUGUGCCAACAAUGGAAGAAUGGCUGCUUUAGGCAUGUCCGAGGUCAAGGCCCGAGAAUUACUACUUACCCUUGAAUUAAGCCCCUCUCUCGACAUAGCAGCAAUUAAUGAUGCUAAUAGUGUCACAGUAUCUGGUGAAUCACAAUCGAUUGAAGCACUGAGAGAACAUCUACCGACGCACGCAAAGGAUACUUUCUGGCAUGUUCUUGGAACAAAUCAUGCAUUUCACAGCCUGCAUAUGGAACCCAUCAAGAAACCUUUUCAGGGAGCUGUUGAAGCCAUGCAUCUUAACCCUAAAUUGUCGAAAGUUCCAAUGUACUCUACUGUUGAGGGAGAAGUGAUUUCGAGUCAGCACUUAAACAAUGAUUAUUGGUGGCGAAACAUUCGAUGUCCAGUCCAAUUCUAUCCAGCAAUGAAACAACUUUUAAGAGAUGGCUACAGACAAAUUGUUGAGAUCAGUACCCAACCAAUUCUAGCCCACUAUGUCAAACAGAUUGCUCUUCAAGAAAAUCUCACAGUUAAAGAAAGGCCCAUUGUCGUGGCAACUCUUCCGCGUAAGAGGGUACCCAUCGAGGAUCAACACAGAUGCUUUCUUCAGAACACAAUAUGCAUAUUGUACGCGGCAGGAUUUCCAGUAGAAUGGACUCAGAUGCAAAAGAACCAGUCAGCUAGAUUCGUUCGGCCACCAAAUUCACCAUGGCUGGAAAACAGCUUUUGGUUCAGGGAUGGCCCAUUGGAAACUGUAGUGCACCGUCUUGGGUCUGAGGAAACCAUAAGGAAGCAACCGCAUCCAUUUCUUUCAGAGGUAAAAAAGACAGACCCAUUUUCAGGUGUACACUGCUGGGAGACGGAUAUUGACCUACAGAAAUUUCAGAGUCUAAAGGACCAUGUUCUUCUUGAGGGAGGUACAGUGCUGCCCGGAGCUGCUUACCUGGAGAUGGCAUUUGCAAUGGCAAAAGAAACUUUCAAUCAUGGCUCUGGCGUUGAACUAAAAGAUGUAAAUUUUUUGAGUAUCCUUACCUUGCCAGAAACAAAGGUAAACAAAUGCUAAAUAAAAAAUACAGUGAAGCUACAGUUGAAUUUCUGAAUGGUUAUAAUCCUUUUUAAUUUAGGUUAGAUCCUUACGACUACGCCUGGUAAAGUCAGAAAGAAUUGACGAGGCCCAGUUUCACAUCACUUGUUUGCAUGAAAACCAGUCUGAAAUCAGUUUAAGCAGUGGAAAUAUCUCUGUAGAUCUCUUGCACUAUAAUAAAAGCUGUGGGGACAAAGGUACUGUAACAUUGUCAUGCCCGCUUCUGUUCUCUGUUUAUUUGUAUACCUCUAAAUUUUGUAAAAGUUGUUUUGAAAGCCACAAUUAUUUAAUACUUUAACAUUGACAUAGAUAUUUGCUUAUUUUUUGCUGGCAGGUUGCGAUGAAGUUGGCCCAGCCUUAAAUGAUUUGAUCCGAAGUAUGACAGAAGUGCCUAUUGGUCGAUUAAAACAAUUAACCCAGAAGUAUGGCUUUGACUUUGGAAAAUCUUUCUCGUUAAUCAAAAAAACGUGGUACUGCGACAACAGUGGACUUGCUCUGGUCGAUAUUGGUGAUUCACCUCUGGUUCAGGCAGAAAGUAAAGAUUUUAUCGUACACCCUUCCAUUUUAGACGCCUGUUUUCAAUCCUGCUUGCUUUCACGGGUGAACCGACAGAUUGAUGAUUUAGCCGUUGUUCCACUUCCAUUCGAACUGAAGAGCAUUACUUUAAGUGACGUUCCAUCCACUAAUCAGCUGUAUUGUCACGUCUCUGAAGAUCUCAGUUAUAUUGAAAGGUACAACAUUACAUUAAUGAGUCCAUCAGGCAACGUUUUACUGAUCAUGAGCGGGUUUCGAGCCGUGGAAAUGAGGCAAUUACCACGGCAGUUUACCUCCGAUGAGAGUCUUGCAUAUGAAAUGCUGUGGAAGGAAGCUGAUGUGCAAGAACACAAACGAAUGGCUCCAGAUUUGACUUGUAUCCUACUUAGGGAAAGCUCUUCGUUCUCAAACGCAUUAAUCACAAAACUUCACGACUCGAAGGUAAAAGUAAUUACCGUUGAUCCACCAAAGAGUUUUUGUUUUGACGCUAAAACAAUAGAGGCAAUCAGCACGGCCUUUCUUGACACACCCCCAAACGAUUCAUUCAGCGUUAAAGUGGUUAAUAUGUGGCCAGUAGAAACCACUCAAUUACCGAGCAACUUCGAUGUCAUCCAACAAGUGCAAAACCUUGCCCUCAGUAGCUCAGUAUUUUUGAUCCAGCAGCUCGUUAACAAAGGGUGGCCUAACUGUCAUCUGCUGCUGGUUACUGAAAGUACGCAACGGUUAGAUACCUCCAUCAGAUCUCCACAGAGUAAUUUCAUUCCGUGGGCGUCAACAGUCUGGGGUCUAAGACGAACAGCGAAGCUCGAAGAACCUGAUUUGAAGAUUACAACAAUUGAUCUUGGUGACAAGAAUGACCUUGAUGAGGUGGAUUGUUUGCUUUCUGUGAUCUUUGGUGAUGGUAAGGAAGAUGAGGUGGCCUUCCGAGAUGGGAAAUGUUUCAUAAAUCGCCUUGUGAGAUCAAAAAUUUCCUCAGAGCAACCUACAAGCGACGAAAAUUUCAGAAAAAAGGAGUCCUCUCUUUACUUGUCGAAUAUCCCUGCCUUACAGAAGAUCUGUCUGCGCCAAAACAGUGUUUCUAAACCAUUGCUCUCUGAGAUCACAAUGGAACUGUUUCAUUUCUGGACACCCUCUGAGUCCAUAGUUGAUGCAGCCAAACCAAAUGCUUGUAUCUUUACUGUUGGAAAGGUGGUUGCUCUACCGAGGGGAACAGAAAUUGCAAAGUUGCAGGUUGGCGAUGUGGUGUGUGGUGUUAUGACCUCUGGACGUGUUUCUCGUUCUCUUCCCAUUCGAGCAAACAACGUGUUCUCUAAGCCUGCCUGUCUAACUCAAGAACAAGCGACAUGUAUCCCUGCUUCUCUAGCUAUAGCCUUUUAUGCCUUACAAAGGGUGGCAACAACGGAAGAAAGUAAGACGUUACUGAUACAUCAAGCUCAACUUAGCCCUGGACCUGCAUCAGUUGCCCUUGCAAAGACAUUGGGGCACAGAGUAUUCUGCACCAUAUCUGACACUUGCCAAUCAUCGACUACAUCCGCUCUCCUAGAGUUGGGAGCCGAGAGUGUGGUACAUCAGAGAUUCACUAGUUUUGAAGAUCAUUUUAGUUACCCUCUCGAUGCAAUUAUCUUUUUCCACCCACCUCCUCCAAACACUCUUCAGAAAAGUAGUCGGACUCUCAAACGCGGGGGAAAAGUUAUCAUUUUGUGCCCUGAAUUCAGUGGUGAUGUCGUACUUCCUGCAAAUAAAAACGUUGUGUAUGAAAGAGAGAACAUUUCAGACAUCCUUCGAUCACCGCAGACUUACCAAAAGCUUAGCUUAGAAAGUCUAAGAGUCCUAGAAGAUGGAGGACUUCUUGAAAAGCUUCUGGAAAUCAACUUGAUAUCCACCGAAGUACCAACAGCAGUUGAAGCUGCAAACGAAACCAGGCUCAACGAAUCAUCUUCGAAACGUUCAACAACAUCAUCCCCAGGUAUUUCCUUUCACAUUUAUUCAUUUGCGCCGUCUGAAGCCGGUUUUCCUCUACAAAAGAUUCCCGUUCUUCCACGUGGUCUGGAUGAGUGUGGCCUCAAAGAAAACAGAACGUAUCUAGUAGCAGGAGGGAUCAGAGGAUUUGGAUUUGAAGUGGCCUGUUGGAUGGCUGGAAAUGGAGCCAAGUCUAUUGGGCUUGUUGGUCGUUCCAAGCCCUCAGAUGCAGAAAACCAAAAGCUAAGGGAUAUCGAAAGGAAGACAGGCGUGCAGUUCCAUAUUUUCCAGGUAAUUUAAUGCAUCACCUUUAAGGAGUCCCCAUAGGCUCUUUUUGACUGCGCGAGAUCUGGGUACGAACAAAGCGCGAGCUAUGCAAAAUAAACAUGGCGGCUCAAUACGAUCGCACGAUUGUUAUCUGGAAAGGUGUGUUAAAAACAGUUUAACACAAUACAGCUUUUAUGUGAUGAAGUCUCGGGUUUCCAGCGACUGCACCCGUAAUAUUCAUAGGCCUUCUACGCCUGAAAAAGAGGUCAACCGAAAAGAGAACACCGUGGGAAAAAUUGCCAAAAGGCGACAGAUUUGAAAGUUAACACAUGCUCAGAUAUAGAUCUUGGCUUUCCCUCAGUGGAAUUUCCUAAGAUUUGCUGGACCCUUUGACAAAUUUGUGCCGUUCUUAGUGCCUAUUGACACAAACAAUUCACAAGACCAAGUUUUAGACAGACCAAGAGAAGACAAAAUGGCAAAUAGCAAGGAAACUGCCCUUGAAACCCCUAUUUUUUUCGGCUUUUAAAUGAUUAGCAGGACAAAUUUCACUAUUGUGAAAGCCUUGAGAGAUUUCACCGAAGCAAAUUGAAGAGUAACAGGGAGUAAAGCCAAAUUAUCACUGGCGAGCGCCUCCCUUCGUGGAGCCUUCGCUUAAAAACGAAAAUCAUUUUGAUAAUAUUAUUACAGCAAAGGAUAGUCCGAACCUUGCUCGUCGCCGUUUUGAUGGCCUCUAGUGACCUACAAAAGCGAAAACAGCAAAACAAACGCGCGCCAACAUUGAGGAAAAACCCUAUAUGGAGCCUCCUUAAAUAAGAAAAUAUCUCAUCUGGUAAGAGGCAUGCUACGAAGACACUUUUCAUGCUGAAAGAAUGACAAGCUGACAAGAUUAAAAUUUCCCGAGUAGGAGAAGCCAGGUGCUUCUGAAGGAUGUCUGAAAAACCGUUUUGGAUUUGAAGCACAGUGAGAGGUUUAGGAAUUAAAAAUUAUAUUAUCCUUGCUUCUUUUAGAUUGACAUCUCAAAACAAGAGCCCAUGAGGUCGUUGAAAGCGCAGCUUGAAUCUCUUCCAAGUGUAGCAGGAAUAGUACAAUCUGCUAUGGUUCUCAACGAUGCCUUAAUUAAAGAUUGGACAUUUGAAGGCUUCACAGACGUCAUGGGACCUAAAAUUAAAGGUUACUGUAAUAAUUUAGUGUCAGGAGGUUUAAACCUUUUUCCUUAAUCUUUCAAAAUUUUUAUUGUUCUUAAAAUGUUGGAGAACGUUUUCAAAACUAUGAAACCGAGUGAUGCUCCCAACGUUGUAACCAUUCAUGAGAAGUUUUUCUUUACUUAACAUAUAUGUCGCCCUCAUCAAAUACACGAGGAGACUUUGGUAGCGGGAGUGUGUACUUUUUAUCUACAUCACAAUAAUGCCAGUUAAAUUGAGUUGACGAAACUUUGGCCAAAAUAUUUCACAACCAACUCUACUUUAAAACUGAAGAAAUGCUUGGACAACGCUUACAUCAUCUCGAAAUUGACUAAACCAUAUGAUAUAUUGAUCUAGAGCACAUGCAACACCUGAGCUUCACAAAUUUGCGUCUUCACUUUAAAUUUAGCCGAAAUAAUGACUGUGAGAUAUAUUUUAGGUUCCUUUUUACUACACCAAAUGAGCCUGGAAAUGGAUCUGGAUUUCUUCGUUAUGUUUUCGUCUAUGGCAUCAGUCGUUGGAAACAUAGGAUCAUCCUCAUAUUCAGGCUGCAAUGCUUUCCAAGAUUCUCUCGCCCAUUACCGGAGGCAGGUGCUUGGUCUACCCGGUCUUUCGAUAAACUGGGGACCUAUAGGAGGGGCUGGUGUGUUAGCACGUAAUAUGGCACUGGCUAAACACAUGGCAGCAACAGGACUGGGCUUCAUAAACGCUGAAGAUGGUAAAGUAUAGUUCACAAAGAUAAUAAAUUUUUAAGGUCAACACCUACUAAAUGCUUCCAUCUGCAUGUUAAGUGGUUCAAAGAGGCAACAAAACUAACAGUAAUGAGUGCAGAUGAAAAAGUUCCUCUAUAUUUGAAAAGCUGAAAGCAUCAGCUCUGAGGCUAUCUUUGACUCAGUGACUGAAAAGCUACGAUUAAUUUGUUUUUAUUGUGCACAGAACAGUGUCUCUAUUAUUUUACUUUUGAAUGGAUGAUUGAGCUGAUUGCAAAGUGUUUACUCCAUGAAUAAGAACUCUCACGAACAAUAGAAAUCAGUUGGGGGUAAAUGGUGUUCCUGAAUAUGAGACGGCAGCUUCUGCUGAAUAAGUCAAUACAUAUUUCGCCAACUUGAAGUUUUCUAAAACAAAACCUUCUCUGCUUCCUUCGUACGCCGGGAUUCAAGUUGCAUAUUCAUGAUACUCGUGCACAGUCAAGCUGUUCAUCACAAUAACGUUUCACAGGCCAUUUUUUAAUUACUUUUCAGGUGUCAAAUUCAUGGCCAAAGUUUUAACCCAGGAGCCGAGUCGUUCUCAAAUCUCCCUAUUUGGUGUUGACUGGUUUCGAUUCAUGAAAAGUAACACGGGACUUCAAAAGAGUCUCCGAUUUUCACUGAUCACCGCCGGAAUGAGCAUUUCUGAUGGCCAGACAAACAUAACCGAUUCUUUGCUGCAAAGGAUUCAGAUGGAAGGGAAUCCAGAAGCAAAAGGCAAACUUGUCUUGGAGUACAUUUGUAUGGUUAUGUCAGACUUGUCAGGACAUUCGUUUUCUUCAGAAAUGGAUCUAAACAAAAGCUUGUACAGCCAGGGUAUUGACUCAACUUCAGCUUUGACCCUUAAAAUGCUACUUGAAUCCAAUUUACAGGCUACGUUUGAGGUAAGUUCGUCACGUAAUGAGUUAAACAUUAUUUAAUUGAGAUCUUUUUCUUUUGAUGGUAAGAUAUCAAACUCCCGUUGAAUAAAGAGCGGCCUAGCCGUCAAAAAUAUCUAAAAAUGUUUUUAGUUUUAUAAUAAGGUAAUUGUGUUCCAAUUGUACUUGAACUCAAUAGCUGUCCAUUUUGAUUCAAGUGGAUCAAAAUCGUCCCACCACAUGCAAAAUCAAACAAAUUAAUAGAUGCCGAGCUUUUUAUUUGGUGCCAUUAUAAUCAUAAGUCAGUUACAAAGAGUAUUUUGAAAAGUUAUGGUUGAAGUCUCGGCUCAUAAAUGUUUUGCGUGAUCAUUUUUCAACAUGAAAUUGGUGGUUAUAAGUGAACAGUUUUAAAAUACUUUCGAUAAACUGCAACCUGGUGGCCACAUUACGCAUUUCUUCAUUAAGAUGGAAAUGUAUGAGUACUGAGAUGUUUAAAAAUAAAUCCUAUAAGAUUCAACCUUCUUCUUUUAUUUCUCAGAUUCUAUACUUUAUGCAGCCUGAUACCACUGUAUCAAAAUUGGCUAGGGAAGUUAAUGCCAAGCUUCUUGGAAAAGCAACCAGCCUUAAUAGUGAGACCCACGAAAAUGAACCCACGGACACUCAAUCAUCAGAACAAUCAUCUCCCUCAAUCAUCUUAUCAGAGCCUGAAGUGCAAGUCCUACCUCUGUACUCUCCUGAGGGCUCAGCAAUAAAAUUCUUCUGUGUCCAUCCCUCACACCGCUAUGUGUUAAGUUUGGUGCCUAUAUCCACUGGAUUUCAAGGACAGGUAUAGCCCUGACAAUUCAAUCAUGUUAUUUAUCGCUAAAGUCAGUUUUGUAAGUCCACAUACUCCUCUAUAGGACUAUUGACAGAAUGAGAUCUCGUUCCAAAUCUAUUGCUGCAUAAUAUCUUACAACCCAUAAAAAUUACCCUUUACAUUUCUCCCCUAACUCGAAAAGUGGAAGGCUAUGGCUAAAGAAACACUUUCUAGCUUAUAGGAGUCAUGCAUCGAAGACUAAGAUGUCUGAUGAAGUCACAAUUUCUAGGGAUUGAGCUUUUCCUGGUUUGCUAAAGUGACUUUUAAAGGAAUAGACUCUAGCUGAUAUGCUCUACAAGCCGUCUUGACCUCUAAGUAAUUUUUUUCCCUAAGGAGAGCUGGUCUGAGCUUUCAUUUGUAAAAGUCUUUCAACGUAUGGCCGUAUCUUUCAUUUUUCCUCAUCAGGAUUUGAUAUCCUUUUAUGCCCUGGGCUUUACCGACCCCACAGUCAUCAGUGAAGACUGGGGAAGUGUACGAGAGCUUGCCACACAUUAUGUGCAUUUGAUCAUGAAGGAGCAACGCCACGGACCAUACUUUCUAGGCGGAUAUUCAUAUGGAGGACUUCUGGCGUACGAAAUGGCUUCCCUGUUGAUAGAACAGAAUCAGAGUGUGGAGUUUGUUGCCAUGAUUGACACAAUCCCUUGGUCAUCACGUUCACAGACUAUAGCCUCCAGGCUGUUUACUACGCAAAGAGUUGACUUGAUGUUAUCUCAACAAGUUCAGGUUUGACAAAAACACAAAAUUUUCAGUUAUUGUUAAAAUUGUACAUCCCGCUAAUAGCCAAUUUGAUAGACAAAGCUUUGAGAUAAAAUGCAUAUCAUUUUGGGGUUGCUGUCUUUGAAGUUUAUGAAUUAAUGUAACUCAAGCGAGUGUAUGUAUGGGUGAUCUCUUUGGAUAAUUUCGUCUAUGGUCUUAGGGUUGAAGUACUAUUUAUCUAAGGAAUCAGGAUUUGACGUCUUGAAAAAUCUAAAAAUAUUGCUUUCGAACCUGACUAUUGAUACAUUAGACCUUCAAACUCAAAUAAUUUUAGACAUAAAGAGAACUUUCAUUUGUAUUCAGAGAGGGAAGCAGACUAGCUGGAGUAGAACAUGAGUCCGUUAUACAGUCUAGUGAUUUCUUAGGUGGCCAUUUUAACAGCCAAUUAAAAUUGAACAGUCAAGCAAGGACCAAUGGAUCAUUGGUUUGUGAACCUUAAAGGGUUUUAAACGGAAGGCAAGUUUCUGACGACUUGUAAAGAAUCGUCAAUAGCGAAUCAAUAUCUACGUGUUCCCAGUGAUUUAGAGCCAUUAAGUGGCUUCACAUUGCUAUUCACACUGCUCAGUGCUUUCUCUUGUAGUUCAUUAAAUGUUUUUUACCUCUAUUUAGCUCCAGUUUGAAAGCUACCUAGAGAAGCUGGCUCUAGGUUCCCUUAAGAUGGACGUUAGCGAAUACAGACAACUGAGGGAGGCACACACUCAAGACUGGAUAAUUGAUGAACUGCAGAACAGAAGCAUUACAAAGGGGCUUACUUCCUACAAUCUAAGAACCCUCAGAGAGGCUCUUUCCGCAAAUCAAACUAUUGCCAAUCGAACACACCACGAAUGGCAGCCUGCUGAGGUAAAUAGCAUUUUCACUUAA